AGCUGUAUGAACAAGAAAAAGAGUAAGUAUGCAUCCAGUGGCAACACUAUGCUGAAUUCAAAAUUCUGGGGAAGGCAAAAACGUAGAAUGGGGCAUUAUCUGUUCAAGAUUAACUAUACUUAAUUCAAGAAGAAACCUCUUAAAAGUUAAAAAGUCAAAGUGAACUGAAUUAAACUAAUCUAUUCAACAAAUUUGCUGAUUAGCAGCGCAAUUAUUUACAUUUCAUUGACUUUGAAUUGCUUACAGAUCUAAAACACACGAUUAAUAAAUGCAGAAAUCUCCAAAUGUGAGCGACUUAUUGAUAAUUAACAUUAUCUUACUAGUUCAAUAGACCUGAGAUUGCCAAUUAUUAAUUCAAGAAGAUAGCUCUCAUCCUAAACAAGUCAAACCGAACCAAAUUAAUUAAUCCAUUAAGCAAAAUAAGAGAUCAUUUUAGCAGAAUAUAUAAGCUCAAAAGAAAGCUAAAACUUUUUGUAAAGCAUUUUUCUUAUUGGAUGGUUCAAAAGAAUGGAUCAAAGGUUAUUAUUUCAAGCUGCAAGAACAGGGAAUACAGAAUACUUGCACAAUCUUUUGAAAGAUUACCCCCUUUUGCUGGACACUGCUUCAUUAGCUGGUGGAGAAAAUCCCCUUCAUAUUGCUUGUAUUUUAGGACAUGUUGAUUUUGCAAAAGAGUUGAUUAAACUUAAGAGAGAAUUUUCUGGUGAACUGAACCAAGAUGGUCUAAGUCCACUUCAUAUUGCAUCAGCUAAUGGGAACAUGGAUAUCAUAAAGUUGCUGUUAAAUUUAGACCAUAAUCUUUGCAAGAUCAAAGGUAGAGAACAAAGGGUUCCUUUACAUUAUGCAGCUAUUAAGGGAAGAGUUCGAGUAAUUACAGAACUUAUUACAGCUUCUCCUGAUUGCAUUAUGGAUUUUACAGCUCGAAAUGAGACAGCACUUCACCUUGCAGCAAUGAAUUACCAAUUCGAGGCCUUCAGAGUUUUGGUGGAACACAUCAAGAAUUUGAAAAAGGAGGAUGUCUUUAACAAAAAGGAUGACCAGGGGAACACGAUAUUGCAUGUUGCUGUCUCAAGAAGACAAUACGAGGUAGUUAAGUUGCUGCUUCGUGAGCAAGUUAUUCUUAGGAGCGUGGUGGAGGUGAAUUCUUCGAACAAGGGGGGUUUAACGCCCCUGGAUGUUUUAGGAUUAUUUCAAAGUGAAGCUGGUGAGAGGGAAAUCGAGGAGAUGCUUAGGGAGGCUGGAGCAAUGAGGGCUAGAGAAUCACAAACUACAGCACAAGAAUCAGCUAUUCAUGUUAAUGAACAAAACAGAUCAAGAUCACCAGCUAAACAAUUGCUUGACUAUUUUAAGUAUGAUACCAUUAAAGAUUCUCCGGGCAGUGUGAGGAAUACCUUGCUUGUGUUAGCAGUACUCAUUGCAACAACAACUUAUCAGGCUGUGCUUAGUCCUCCUGGUGGUGUUUGGCAAGACGACAACUCGGGUACUGGCACACACCAUGUUGCAGGGGAAUCAAUUAUGGGAUAUCAUAAUCCAAAAUCAUACCGCAUAUUCUUGAUUUGCAACUCAGUUGGCUUCUUUACAUCUCUUCACAUGAUAAAUUUCCUCACAAUCGGAUUUCCUAUGAGACUUGAGUUGCAAGUUUCGAUUACAUCCCUUGUGUUCACUUAUAAUACUUCUAUGAAUGCGAUGGCACCCCGCUUAUCCACUCUCUUCAUUGUUGUCUCUGUAGUUAUGCCAUUUGUGGCACCCAUCGCGACUGUUGUGCUGAGGAACUUUUUCAAGGCACCAAAAUUUGAAAUUCCCUUUAUUGGUCAAGUUGUUUAA